UUGCGGCCUUGCCUCAUUAAAGUGCCAAUGCCUUCGUAGAGGGACCACCCCUCUGCUCUCCUCUCUUUCUCGUCCUCUCUUCGUCUGUAUGCAUCCUCAUCCGCUUCUUCUUCCUCUCUAAAGUCUUCUUCAUCACACUCGCUGCCUUCCUAUUUUCCUUCUACUUCCUGUCUAUCGUUUGAGAAAGUCUCCUUCAGUUGGGAGUAAAAGACGCCCGGGUAUCCCUUAUCGAUUGGGUCCGCGGCACAAUGAUUGCUUCAACGAUCCAGCUUCUGCUCCUCGCGCUCUGCGCUGGAUUCGCGCGCGCUGUCCCGACAAUAGAGAUUAAGGGCUCCGACUUUAUCAACUCGGCCACGGGAGAUCGAUUCCAACUUCUCGGUGUCGCAUACCAACCCGGUGGAUCGUCAGGCUUCGACCCCGCCAGCGGGCUGGACCCUUUGAGCGAUGGCGAUGUGUGUCUUCGAGAUGCUGCGUUGAUGCAGCGCUUGGGGGUCAAUGCUAUCCGAGUCUAUAAUCUCGACCCCGACCUCAACCAUGAUAUGUGCGCCUCUAUUUUCAACGCGGUGGGAAUCUACAUGUUGAUCGAUGUCAAUUCGCCUUUGGUGGGUCAGAGUAUCGACCGCGGGGCGCCCUGGACCACUUACGAUUCUUCGUACCUGAACCGGACUUUCGCUGUUGUCGAGGCAUUUAAGAAUUAUCCAAAUACCCUACUAUUCUUUGCUGGUAAUGAGGUUAUCAACGAUGACCCCAGCGGUAAAAUUGUUCCUCCUUAUAUGCGAGCUGUCACACGCGAUCUGAAGAACUACAUCAAGAAUCAUGCAACACGGACAAUCCCUGUUGGCUACAGUGCUGCUGAUGUCCGUGAUAUCCUGUUGGAUACAUGGAACUAUCUUCAAUGUACCACCACUGGCGACGAUUCGGAUAUGUCCCGCGUAGACCUCUUUGCUCUUAACAGUUAUUCAUGGUGCGGCGACUCUUCGUUCACGACCUCGGGCUACGAUAAGCUCGUGGCGAAUUUCAGCAGUACUAGUGUUCCUGUCUUCUUCAGCGAGUACGGCUGCAAUGUGCCCGCCCCUCGGGUUUUCACCGAAGUUCCCGUUCUCUACGGUCCGCAGAUGACGCCCGUUCUUUCUGGGGGCAUGGUCUACGAGUACUCCGAGGAAGCCUCCGACUAUGGACUUGUGAAUCUAAACAGCAAUGGCUCGGCGCAGUGUCUCCCCGAUUAUGACACUCUUCAGAAGCAGUUCGCCUCGUUGAACGUCACCGCACUGCAAGGCCUCCCCGCACAGAACACUUCCAUAAAACCACCCACCUGCUCCGAGUCAAUCAUCACGGGUUCAAGCUUCAAUAGCAACUUCACUAUCCCAGAUGUCCCCCCCGGAGCGCAGGCCCUCAUCGAUAAAGGCAUCUCUCCUGCUCCGGUUGGCAAGUUGGUCUCCGUGACAAAUACUAAGGUCACCCAAGUUGUUCAAGCUAGCAAUGGCCAGGUUAUCCACGGCCUAUCUAUCACUCCCUUAGCAAACGACGAGAGUAACACCCCCCGUCCCCAAUCCUUAGUCUCCUCCUCAUCAUCAUCAUCAUCACCAACAUCGACCACUAGCUCAGCCACGGCGGCCGCAACGACCAACAGCAAGAAGAGUGCCGCCGCCGGCGUACAGAGAAACUGGGGCAGCUUAGCCAUUGCCGGAAUCGCCGCCGUGAGCUGGUUUUCUCUGGUGUAAAUAAUCAAUCACUAGCUGGUAUAAGAGAGAGAGAGCCUUGUACAUACAUAUCUGAUCAAUAGCUAUGUUGGUGGCGCGGGCGGUGCGCCAAGUCUUCUCGCGCAGCUUCAUUUUCCUGGCAGGCCAGGUCUAUAACGAGAAGACGAACGGGGUCCGUAAUAGAUAGACAUGAGUAAAUACAUCGCUUCCAAAGA